CAACAACUGAAAAAGUGGUUUUAAGCGUAAUUUGCUUUCAAUAAGCAAACUGUGAAGCGUUACAUAAAUCAAGAUAAAAAAGUUUGGAGAAAAGGCUUCCUAAGAAUUCAAUUAGGGAUUAAAUAACGCUGGAGUCAAUAUUGGAAACGCAGUAAAAAGUCCUUAAAUAGCGUCUUUGGUGAACUUCCGAUUGGAUUCUUAUGAUUCAGACUGCAUCUUCGGUAAUCGGUAACAAUAAUAAUGGAGCGAAUCAGAUGGUGGAUAUGAGUAAUUCUCCCGGUUCUGAAACGCCUGUAGCGAAUGCGAAUGCUUUAACUCCUGUGGGUACUGGCUCGAAUUCUGGGUCACAGACGAGAAAGAUUACUCAGUUUAGCAACAAACUUUACAACAUGGUGAAUGACUCCUCGACAGACUCCCUCAUCCGCUGGAGCGAACGUGGUGAUUCCUUUUUCGUCAUCGGACAUGAGGAUUUUGCAAAACUUGUACUUCCUCGAUAUUUUAAGCAUAAUAACUUUUCGAGUUUUGUUAGGCAAUUGAACAUGUACGGUUUCCACAAAGUUCCUCAUAUCCAACAGGGAGUCUUGCAGUCUGACAGUCCUAACGAGCUUCUUGAGUUUGCCAAUCCCAACUUUCAACGGGACCAGCCCGAGCUCCUGUGUUACGUUACGAGAAAAAAGGGCGGCUCUCAGGUUUCUGACGACGCUUCGAACUCAUUAGACAUGUCAACAAUUACAAUGGAAUUGCAAAAUAUUCGAAAUCAACAAUUAAGCCUGUCCAGUGAGCUAAGCCGAAUUCAGGUUGACAAUGCUGCUCUUUGGCAAGAAAACAUUGAAACUCGCGAGAGACAACGUCGACACCAGGAAACUAUAGACAAGAUACUUCGUUUUCUUGCUAGCGUGUAUUUGGAUGGUAAACAGAACCCCCCGAGCAAAGUUAUGCCAAGGAGUCGCAGACUGUUGUUGGAAGCGAAAUACCCCUCUGUAUCAAAUCCAAAUCUAAACGCAAACUCAAAUGCUAAUCGUACUUCUUCUUUUGAUGCAUCUCCCAACUCAUCAGCUACUAAUGCAAAGUUUUCUCCUUUGGGUAAACAUCGGGAGAGUGACUCCGAUAUGAGGUUCCGAUCUAUGUCUGCAGGUCCUGCCUCAUCUAGCUAUGUUUCUACUGCUAAGUCUGAAACGGGAUCUCCCCAAAUUGUGGAUACUCAUAAUUUUAUGAAUGAGUUUAAUCCACAAAGGAAGAAUUCCACAGAGUCUCUUGCGAAUCCUGUGGAUACUGGUAUCUCUCCACACCACUCUCCUGCCAAUGAGAUACCGCCUUCUUCCAAUCAAGAGGAUACUUUAGAGACGAAGCUAUCCAAUACGGGUGAUAUUAUUAACAUGCUGGAUGAUGCUGGAACUGUGGAUAAUGAAAGUAUGAAUACGCUGUCUCCUUUGCUUUUUGAUUAUCAAGAUUCCGGGUAUCCUCCACAUGCUGAUACAGCUGAGGAAAGUCAGAUGCCGGUCUAUGGCACUCAAAAUGAUAAUUAUACCGCGGCCGAAAACAACGUCCCCAAUAGAUCAGCUUUGAAUCCGUACUCGUAUAACGAUUACUUGUCUAACGUCAACCCGCCUUAUCUUCCUCAGCCAAGUAAGGAUCAGCUUAUCAAUUAUUAUCCUGGUUACUCCGAUGAUCAGAAACGGAUUGCGAAUGUAUCUGAUGGGAUUACAAAACAAGAUCAAAAUAUCCAGGCUUUGGCUGAUAUACUAGGUAUUCCUCUUUCUGACGUGAGAGGUGAUCCUAGCGGAAAUCCAGCCUUCGCUUCUUCGUUGAACAACAAUUAUAAUUUGCCUCUUUCUUCUGACUUGGAUAGCGUGCUAAAUGUCGUUCCUAGUGAAGAAUCCUUUUCGGAAUCAAAUCCCGUUUUUGAUGAGUUUACGAACAUCUCUAAUCUGACUUCUCCUCCUGAAAUUUCCACAAAUCAAAGUUUUGAUCCGAAUAAUAUUGCAUUACCGGGAUUGCAGAAGGCUCACUUGAAUACUCCUCCUCCUUCUCAAGUUCGCAAAAAAAGAAAGUCUAGUGUUGGCAUAUAAACGAGUUUUCUGAAUUGGAGUUUGUAGCUCUCAGUUCUGUGAGCAAUUUUGUAAUUUAUUGUGAAAACAAGGGUUUUUAAUUAUGAGUCAUUGUUGUUGGUUUUGCUUUAUGAUUCUCUUUAUGAAGAAGUGAUGGUAUUUUAUUCAAUUGUUUUUUAUUUUUCCUUAUCAAUUAAUAGUAUCUUGGUUUAGAUUGUACUAAUGUUACGAAUAUUUUCAUGAAGCAAUAUACCGUUUGGUUUUAUAUAUAAACUUUGAAGGGUAUUUACGACACUUUAAAAAUGGGAAUGUAGUGAGUCAAAUUAAAAUUAAAAUUACA